AGCUCACAGUUUACUGAGCAGGAGGACUCACACCGCCGUCCUGCUGCUUCAAACCGCUUCCCUCUGCUCUGAACACACACACACACACAUACACACACACACACACACACACACAGUUCGUUCCAGUCGAACUUCAGAACAUUUUCAGGCUUUGUAAAGUUCCUCUGACCGGAGGACUCGACACAGGACCCGUGCCACCCAAAGCUGGAUUCCCGGAGCUCCUCGCCAUGCUUGCCCGGGUUUAGAUUCUCCAUGGAGCUCUCAAAUCUGUACGAGGUCGCGCCCCGACCCCUGAUGAGCAGCCUGACCCACGGCCAGCAGCCCCCCUCCGGCUACAGAGACCCGGCAGACCUCGGCGGCGACAUCGGAGAUAACGAGACCUCCAUCGACCUGAGCGCGUACAUAGACCCGUCGGCGUUCAACGACGACUUCUUGGCCGACCUGUUCCACCACAGCUCCCGGCAGGACAAACUCAAGAUCAUGAACGGAGACUAUGAGUCCCUGCAGUGCCCCCCCGGGCCCCAGCAGCUCUACAUGUCCAACUACAUGGACUCUAAGCUGGACCCCAUGUACGAGCACAACCCGCCGCGCAUCCGGCCGGUGGCCAUUAAGCAGGAGCCCCGGGACGACGAGGACAUGAACCCGGGCAUGCCCCCCACCUACCACCACCCGCACCCCCAGCAGUACCCCCAGCAUCCCCAGCAUCCUCAGCAGCAGCAGCAGCAGCAGAUGCCGCACCUUCAGUACCAGAUUGCGCAUUGCGCGCAGACGACCAUGCAUCUGCAGCCGGGUCACCCGACCCCACCGCCGACCCCGGUGCCGAGUCCGCACCAGCACCACCACCAGCAUCCGCACCAGCACGCGCAGCAAGGCGGCAUGAAGAUCCUGGAGCACCCGAGGGGGGGCGGGAAAAACAAGAAGCACGUUGACAAGAGCAGCCCGGAAUACCGGCUGAGGCGCGAGCGCAACAACGUGGCCGUGCGUAAAAGCAGGGACAAGGCCAAGAUGCGCAACAUGGAGACGCAGCAGAAGGUGGUGGAGCUCACCACGGACAACGAGAGACUGAGGCGGAGGGUGGAGCACCUGACCCGGGAGCUGGACACGUUACGGGGCAUCUUCAGGCAGCUGCCGGACGGAUCCUUCAAACCCAUGGGCAGCUGAGAGACUCCUGCAGCCGCUGGACCGGACCGGACCGGACCGGACCGGAACCAGCCCGAGAGGUGAACUGGUACUGCUGGAUUUAUUGACCCGGACAGUUGUGCAUGUGUUCAUGUGGACAGACUGAGCUGAGGAGGCUGAGGCAGCUGAUGUGACCUGAGCAUUCUGUUACUGGACUGACAAAGCCAACACCUGGAAGAACACACUGUCAUACUGGCUCCAGUUUGUCUCUGUUUCUUAAACUAAGACAACUCUUCAGCCAAGGAGGUGAGACACUUCCACUUACUUUUAGAAGCGAAUGUCAGUGACACGUCCACCUCUGCAGCAGGUUCCUUCUGACUGGAAACAGACCAGUUCAUCUCAGCCCUGGAUCCUUUUCUCCACUUGUUCUGAGACUUAAGUUAAAACGAAUGAAAAUAACUGGUUGAGACAAUUGAGUUUUUUUUUUGCAGUGUUCAUGUGCCUUUGAACUGUUUUGUGCAAAAGCCGAUAAGCUCAUGUGCACAUCCACAACAACAGGACUGGUUGUUUUGUGCCUUUCUCCCGUACAGACUGUGUGACAUGAACACACUCGACUCACAUAUCAGUGCAGCUAAGGUAGGGCAUGGUGGGAUGAUCCAAAACCAGCCUGUUGUGCAUGUUUCCUUCAUUUCUUUGUUUUAUACCACCUCCAUAUCAUCUCCUGAUGAACUAGAAAUUGUUUAUAGAGCUAUGAAAUGCAAAGUGCACACUGCUUGCAGGCUGUAUGUUUAUGUAUUAUUAUGACUUUCUUCUGCAGAGAUGAUAAUGCAUGACUUUGUGGUCCUUUUUUUCGGUUUCUCCACAUGUGGUCCGGGGCUCUGGUCCCACUCUGGUGUGCUUGGGUUCACAUAGAACUGAUGUGGGCAACAUAUCCAUAAGGUUUUCAUUUUUUAGUGUUUUGUCAUGAUGAAAAAAAAGGUACAUUAUGUUCAUACAAGUGGACAAAAUGUUGAAUUAGACAGAAAGAAAAAAAAAAAAAUCCUGAAUAAAAACACCCAAGUAUUUCAGCUCCUGAUCUGUGGUCAGAUUUGAUGUUUCACUCACUGAUAACUGAAUAUCUCCAUAUCCUCCUGAGACCCAGUGAUGCAUUUUUGUCCUGUGUGACAAGAGUUUCACAGCUUUAUUGAGAAAAAAAAAAAAAAAAAAAAGGACAU